UAUAUUAAUUAUAAUUUCUUUGUUUAACGUGGUCUGAAAUUUUAAAAGAAAUGAGCAUGGCAGAAUGGAAAACGUUUUGAAACAUCUGCUUGAAGCUAAAAUUAAUUAAUCAAAGAUUAGUUCUCUCAAUUUAUAACAGUUAACAACUGUUUCUUGCCAUUCCAAUUUUCUUAAGAAUCACAUCUAUUUUAACCAAGAAGUGCAUUUCAGAAGACUAUGGCUCUUUUACACAAAAGAGACGAGCAAAUCCACGACCUAAUAGUUCUGGAAAGGAAUGAAGCCUUGAAUAAACAGAGAGAAAUUUUGCAAGCUUGGGAACCCCAGUCUCAAUUAUGGUCUGUCAAUCAUUCUCCUACCAUUUUAGCAUCGAUAAGUGCCUUAACGGCCAUGUACAUAAACAACCACUACCGUAAAAAAAUGAGAUUGUUCAACUAUGGGCGACUGUCCAGCUACCUCCCAACAGUAGUCAUCCCAUCAAUGAUAACUGCAUUUGGGCAUAGCAUGCUUGUUCAAAAUGAUGUCCUGCUGCGAGAUACACGUUGCGUUUUGUGCAUUCAGAUGAGGUGUGCUGCACUUCAAGUAGCAACGUCUGUUUGCUACCCAAUGGUUUUGGCUCCGCUUGCUGCAUUAGGAUUUGCUGCGAGAUACCGGACAUUCAUUGUUCCCAACUUAAUUUCCGCACAGGGACGAAAAUUUGCAGCUGAAACGUGGAUAAAGUUCACCAAACCAAUUGCAAACAAUCUACUAGCUAUUGUAGCUGCGCAAGGACUGACCGCCUCUUUCCUCGCGUACCACCAAAUCAAAACCGUAGCCAUGGUUGACGUCAAGUUUGCUGAGAUAGUUGGUGAAGAAGAGACUGUUUGAUUUUCACUAAUGAGUAAAAGUCAAGUUUAGCAUAGUAAAUAGCUUAUUC